ACGCAGGACCUUGAAAGGCUCAGGAAGAAGCCUGAGCGCAGCAGCAACCACAGCACUGCUCCAUCUGCCAGGAAAGCAUGCUACUAGCCACAGUGAAGCUAUGCGCUGGAAGCUCCUACAGACAUAUGCACAACAUGAAAGGGCUAAAGCACCAGGCUGUGCUGGCCAUUGGCCAAGAACUAAACCGGAGAGCACUGGGGGACUCCAGUAAUGGAUGGCUCAGUCAGGUUCGGCGACGGAGCUCUCUGCUUGGUUCUCAGCUGGAAGCGACACUCUACAGUGACCAGGAGCUGUCUUAUAUCCAGCAGGGAGAGGUGGCUAUGCAGAAGGCCUUGGGCAUCCUCAGCAACCAGGAAGGCUGGAAGAAGGAAAGCCAGCAAGAGAAUGGGGAUGAAGUGCUAAGUAAGGUAGUCCCAGAUGUGGGCAAGGUGUUUCGGUUGGAGGUGGUGGUAGACCAGCCCAUGGACAGACUCUAUGAAGAACUUGUGGACCGCAUGGAGGCAAUGGGAGAGUGGAACCCAAAUGUCAAGGAGAUCAAGGUCCUGCAGAAGAUUGGAAAAGACACAGUCAUCACUCAUGAGCUGGCUGCAGCAACAGCAGGAAACCUGGUGGGGCCCCGUGACUUCGUGAGCGUGCGCUGUGCCAAGCGCAGAGGCUCCACCUGUGUACUAGCAGGCAUGGCUACACAUUUUGGGGAGAUGCCCGAGCAAACUGGAGUCAUCAGAGCUGAACACGGUCCCACCUGCAUGGUGCUUCAUCCAGUGGCUGGAAGUCCCUCAAAGACUAAAUUCACUUGGCUGCUUAGUAUUGACCUCAAGGGGUGGCUACCCAAGACCAUCAUCAACCAGGUCUUAUCACAGACACAGAUGGAGUUCGCCAACCACCUGCGCAAGCGCCUGGAGUCCAGCCCUGCCUCUGAAGCACGGUGUUAAGGACUGUGCCCACCAUAUCAACCUGUGUGCCAUUCGCAAACUACCACAGAAAGCCUGCAAGUCUGUUUAAAAUCUUCAGUUGAUGACAGUGGGAGGGUAGUAGUCAUAAGACUCUAGGACUACCUGGUAAAAAAUUACUAUUGAGAGAACAGAAAUGAGUCUUAGAAUAAAAGACCUCUAGCAUCUCCCACUGACUUGCUGUGGAGUGAAGGCUAAA